GAUGAGUUUUCCGCCACGAACGGCGAGAUCGUUUCUUUGCAGCACUCACCAGAGCAAGGGUGAUCGAUGGCCGCAUUCUCUCAGCCUCGCCUCCUGACGGCGGCGUCCCUGCUGGCGCUCCUGAUCGCCUCGUCGCCGCUGCGGCCGGCGCAAUCGGCCGACACGAACGGCGUCUACUCCCCUUGCGCCGACGCCACGGUCCAGGGGUCCGACGGGUUCACCUUCGGCAUCGCCUUCGCGCCGAGGCUGUCCUUCUUCCACAACAGCUCGCUCCAGCUGUCCCCCUGCGACCGCAGGCUCUCCCUCUCCUCCGCCGGUUCUCAGGUCGCCACUUUCCGGCCUAAGGUCGACGAGAUCUCCCUCCUCACCGUUAACACUUCGUCAUUCUCUCCGGGCAAUUACGGAGGUUAUAUGGUUGCAUUUGCUGGCCGAAAGUACGCUGCAAGGUCUCUCCCUGCCUUCGUUGCCAACAGCACCUACACCGUGACCAGCUUUACUCUUGUGCUCGAGUUUAAGAAGGGCAGAUUGCAAAAUCUAUACUGGAAAAGAGAUGGCUGUGCUUCAUGUUCGAGAAAGUCCAACUUUGUGUGCCUCAACAACCAGGAUUGUGCCAUCAAAACUUCCAAUUGCAAAAACCAUGGGGGCUCGGUGGAUUGCAGCCUCGGUAUACAGUUGGCAUUCUCCGGCACGGAUAAGCACCUUUCAGUUUUCAAUUCAUGGUAUGAAGUGGAAAACCUUCGUCAAUACUCUCUCUAUGGCCUUUAUUCAAAUUUAAGGGACUCUCUCACCAGUCAAUAUAACAAGAUAUUCUGAUCAUGCUUCCCUGUUUAGAUUUUACAACGCUUAUGUACAAUGUGUGUCCUUUCACAAUUGUUGCUGUCUUUCGUUUGUAAAUUCUUGUGCUUUGAGGCUGUGUUCAUAAAAAGUGUCGUCUUCAGAUCGUCGAUGUUUGCUUUCUUCAGCAUGGUAUCUCAUUGAAACAUUAUAUUGUAAUGUUUGAGGUGAAUCCUACUCAGUCUUUAUCCUUA